AUGAUCGAGUCAUCAUUCGGGAUACUUUGCAAGAGGUUCGCCAUCUUGCAACGAGACUUACAAGUUGAGCCGGAGAAAGCUACAAGACUAGUCACAUCUCUACUAGUCCUCCACAACCUUCUCGCAAGAAGGCAAGAUCUUUUGGAGGAAGUAGAACGAUUCGCGCCACCAAGAAACACGCCGCUACCAGAUCGUUUUGCCUCUCUUCAACGAACAGCUCGGCAUGCCGGUUCAGAUUCGGCGAAAGUAGCAAGAGACCGCCUUGUUUCGUAUUAUGAUAAUUUGUAUGGUGUGCCACAAUGA